AACCAACGAAAAUAACCGAGACUUAAAAAAAUCGAAUUUAUACGAAUAUUAUCGAAUAUAAACGAAUUAAAUUUCAGACGCUUGUCUCAAAAUGGCGUCCUUGAUGGUGUCAGCCGUCAGGGGUUGAGAGUUUGAGACACUGUCAGAUCCAGUGAGAUCCAGUGCAUGUAGUGUAGUUACUAGUUACUCGAUUACAUGUUAUACAUAUGAUCAUGCUUUAACGUAUAACAUAAAAUAUACUAUUCAUAAUGCAUCAUUAUUGUAAAUUAAUAAAAUUAACCGGUUAUGAAUAUAUUAUUAAAAAAAAUGUAAACAAAAAUUAUUUAUUGACAGAUGAUGUAUUUUUUUUAAUUAAAAAAACAAAAAAAUGAAGUUAAAGUGAAAAGUAAGCUCAUUGUUGAUAAAUUAUAAAGGAUAUUUAUCUUUUUUUUUUUUUUUUUUUCCUUGUUUUUUUUUGUUUUUUAUAAAUAAAAGAUAAAUAACCAGUGAUACUGGACUUUUUGGAGUAAAUUUUUUGGAGAGUGUAACACAACAAAUGUUUAUAAAUUUAUAACAAAUGGAGUUGUUUAUUAAUAUUUGUCUGACACUGCUGUUGUGUAUAUUACCUAAAUACGUUGACAGUGCAGAUGGUCUAUAUUUUAAAGUUGAACCUCAGGAUGUAAUUGUAGAACAGAGUGGCUCAGCUAGACUUGAUUGUCAAGCAAAAAGUGGCUUUGGUCAUGUUAACAUUCAAUGGAGAACAGAGGAUGGUCAACCAAUUAAUUUUAUUGGUGAUGAUAAUCGCUCACAAUUGCCAAAUGGAUCAUUAUAUAUUAACAAUAUUAAUUCUGGUUAUUCUGAAUUAACUGGACGUUAUCAAUGUUUGGCAAGUGUUGAAAAUGUUGGAUCAAUUGUAUCAAGAACAGCAAAUAUUAAACUUGCAAAUCUUCCAAGUUUUCAACGUGAGCCACAAGAUACAAUGGUUUAUUCUGGACAAAUUGCAUAUUUAUCAUGUUCACUUCCAAUACAAUCAAAUCGUGUUAAAAUAAAUUGGCUAAAAGAUGAGCAUCCAUUGAUACUAGAUGAAAGUAGAAUGGCAAUAAUGCCAUCUGGAGCUCUUGAAAUUGAUGAAGUAAAAUCUCAUGAUGUUGGUUCUUAUCGAUGUAAUGCAAGUGGUUUUAAUCAAUUUCGUUUAAGUAAUAAAGCACAACUUGGUUUAUUAACAAGUGAUAUUGAUCAGCCAUUAUCAGCACCAAUAUUUAUUGCAAAACCAAGUCAACAAGUUGCUAUUGAAGGAUCAACAAUAACACUUGAAUGUGCUGCAAAUGGUAAUCCAAAACCAAAUAUACUAUGGUUAAAAAAUGGUGUUGCUGUUGAUCUUGCUGCACUUGAUUCAAGAUAUAGAAAAGUUGCAGCAUCAAGUCUUAUGAUAACUGAUAUUAUGGAAGAAGAUCAUGGCUCAUAUCAAUGUAGAGCAGAAAAUAAAGAAGAAGCACUUGAUGCUGUUGUUGAAGUUAUUGUACAAGUACCACCAAGAUUUACUAAAAGACCAAAAGAUAAAAUUGCAAAUGAACAUCAAGAUCUUGAAUUUGAAUGUGAAAUAUAUGGUAAACCAGAGCCAAAAAUAACAUGGUUAAAAAAUGGUGAAAAAAUAACAUUGAGUGAAUAUUGGCAACUUGUUAAUAGUAAUAAUUUAAGAAUAAAUGGCCUUAUGGCAAUUGAUGCUGGUAUUUUUCAAUGUAUUGGAGUUAAUCCUGCUGGCAGUGUUCAAGCCUCUGCUCGUCUUACCAUCAAUCAACCAAAAAAAUCCCAUUCAUCAAAAUCCACAACAUUAAAAUCAAUUAAAAAGAAAAAAUUGACACCUCAACGUCAAUUAUACAAUACAACAUGGCAACAUCCUAGUACACUCAUUGGUCAUACAUCAUCAACAGAUCAUACGACAAAUUUACCUCUUUCAAUGAAUUCCUCAGACGAUCCUGUAGAUGUUGUUGAUAAAUUAAAUAAUCCUGAUUCCUCAUACGAUCCUGACUCACCUUUUAUAGAUGAUACAGAUAGUCUGGAAACAAAUGAGGGUAGUAGUGUACCAUCAGCACCGAGAAAUCUCAGUGUUGUCAUUACAAAAACAAGAUUUAUCACAUUACGCUGGCAGGAACCGGAAAAUGGAAAUGAUGAUUCUUUAACGUACUAUUUGUAUUAUAAACAGGAAGGUUCCCAAAGAGAACGUGUUGUUAAUACAGCACACAAACAGCUGGAAGUAAUGGUCAGUGGUUUACAGCCAGGUGUAACAUAUCAAUUUCGUGUGGUUGCACAUAAUUCUCGAGGGGCUGGUAUGUCAAGUGAAAUUCUUCGUGAGACAACAUUAUCCGAAGCAAAUGUACCAGGACCACCAAUACCACUUGAUGGGCAUGCAACGAGUAGUACAAGUAUAAAAUUUUCAUGGCAACAGCCAGAAGUAUUAAAUGGUCGUAUUUCAAAAUACGUUGUGACAUUUGUAAAGGGUGAAGAUGAAGAUGAAGGUGAAGAAAAAACACGUGAAACAACAAGUACAACAUAUGAAUUAAUCGAUCUUGUGCCUUAUACUGAAUAUAAUAUUUGGGUUCAUGCUGUUAAUGAAAAUGGUCCUGGUGCAUCAUCUGGUGAAAUUAAUAUACGUACAUAUAGUUCACAACCAAGUCAACCACCUCACAAUGUAACACUUGAAGCAGCAAGUUCAUCAAGUGUUAUAAUACGAUGGGAACCACCUCUUGAAGGAACAAAUGGUAUUAUAACUGGUUAUAAAAUACGUUAUCGUCCUCAAGAUAGACGUUAUCAAUCUGAUACAAUAACAACUGAAGGUAAUCAACGUCUUUAUGUUCUUACUGGUCUUGAUAAACAUGUUAUUUAUCAUGUACGUAUUUGUGCAUUAAAUGUCAAUGGUACUGGUCCUUGGACAGAAUGGAUGGCUGUUGAAACAUAUGAAAAUGAUUUAGGUGAAUCAUCAGUACCAUCAGCACCAAGUAAUUUACGCACAAAACCAUCAUCAUUAUCUAUAACAAUAUGGUGGAAUCCACCAAAAGAUGAUGGUAUUAAAGUACGUGGUUAUGUUGUUGGUUGGGGUAAAGGUUUUCCUGAUUCAUAUACUAAAGUACUUGAUGGAAAACAACGUACAUAUUCCAUUGAACCACUUGAGCCACUUUCAGAAUAUGUUAUAUCAUUAAGAGCAACAAACGAAGCUGGUGAAGGACCACCAGUUUAUGCUAAUGUUAGAACAACUGAAAAAUCAGUAUCUGAAUCAUCAUCACCAUUAAUACCACCAGUUGGACUCAAAGCAAUUGUAUUAUCAUCAAAAACAGUUGUACUUUAUUGGACUGAUACAUUAAAUCAAUAUACACGUUACUAUGUUGUUAGAUAUACUACAGUUAAAACAGUUAAAGGUAAACGUGAAUCACCAUGGAGUAUGGCUGUUUUAAAUCAAACUGAAGAAUCAGCUCCAAUAUCAUCACCAAAAGAUUUAAUUGUUCAAAAUUAUGAACAAGAAAAACAUACUAUUGCAGUUAUACUUCAGUGGCAACCACCAAAACAACCUAAUGGACAAAUUAUUGGAUAUAUUAUAUCAUAUUCAACUGAUGAUACUAAUAGAGAUAGAGACUGGCUUGUUGAUGGCAUGGUUGGAAAUAAAACUGAAUAUAUUGUACGAUCACUUUCACCAAGUACGACAUAUUUUUUUAAAGUUCAAGCUAGAAAUGCAAAGGGAUAUGGACCAUUUUCAACGACAGUCACCUUCAAAACUCGUCCAAAUGGUCAUACACUUUCUGGAAUACUCGUCUAUAUAAUUGUAGGAUGUACAGUUGUUUUAUUGACUGGUAUUGCCGUUGUAAUUUUAUUCAUUUGUUGCCGAAAAAAUCCUGAUUCACCAGAUCAUAAAAAAGGCUAUAUGAAAGAUACAAAUUUAAAAGCAAAUAUUAAACCACCUGAUCUUUGGAUACAUCAUGAUCAAAUGGAAUUAAAAGCAUUAGAAAAAUCAUCAGUUAAUGGUGAAGCAUCAACAAGUGGCGUUGCAAAUACAUUGCCAAGAUCUGGAAAUUCAGAUUAUAGUCAAGAUUCAAUUCCCAUUAACUCAAAUUCAUUGGAUAAAAGAACUUACGUGCCAAGUUACAUGGGCAACUUGGAUGAGAAGUGUUCAACAUUAAGCAGACAACACAGUCGUGGAGGUAAAGCUAAACUUAUAACACUACCUAUCGAUGGUGCUCCAGUACAUCAACCUAUUGGAACAGCAACGCCAAUAGUAAAUUGCAGUUUGUCUCAAUCAACGAUUCACAAUUCAUGCACUGAUGGAUCAUCACUGCGGCCAACUUAUCCUCGGACAGUUGCUCAAUACAGUCUCAGUCGAGCUCACAUAACACUAGAACCAACACCUGAGUCAAGUCCUGACUCUUGCUCCAUGCCGAGUAAUUAUGUACUUCAAGCUCCAAUGUCAUAUGUUUCAAGUGGACCAACUUAUAAUGCAACUCAGUAUGGUCCAAACAGUCUUUAUGGAUCUAGCUGUCAGACAUCAAACUCUACAUCAGCAACAACUGGUAGUAUUAAUGGUAUUGGUGGUGGUUGUGGUAGUGGAACAGGAGAAGCAGGAGGAGGAGGAGUAGGAAGUAGUGGUGGUGGAGGAGGUUCAGGAAGUGGCAAUGAAUCUGGUGGUAGUGUAAAACGUCUUCAAGGACAUCCAUUAAAAAGUUUUAGCGUUCCUGCGCCACCACCACAAUCAGCACCAUCAACACCAGCACAACAAAAACAUGGUGUUACAAUAAGACCCAGUAUAUCUGGUAGUCCUUAUAAAAAACAAUUAGGUUCAACAAGUCAGUUGGCAAAAAAUAGACUGACAUCUGUAUCAAGUGCUUCCCACACACCUGAAGAACUUGAACGAUUAAAACCUUCUUACAGUACUGAAGAAUUAAAUCAGGAAAUGGCCAAUUUAGAAGGUCUUAUGAAAGACUUGAAUGCAAUUACAGCAUCAGAGUUUGAAUGCUAAAAUUGAAUAAACAUUUGUAUUAUUCACUAUUCUUCUUAUAUAUAUAAAUGUCAUGACGAUAUAAUUUAUCGUCAAUUUUGUAAUAUGAUUUUUUUUUUUUUAUUAUAAAUAAUAUUAUUUAUAGUUAAAUAAAUAUGUAUAAUCACUUAUGUUGAUAUACAUAAAUAAGCUAAAUAAACUGCCAUUAAUUGUAUUUAUAUAUAUCACGUUUGAUAAGAUUUGUCAUCAUUAUCAUGAUUUUAUAUUGAGAUGAACAUAAUUUUCUACGUGAAAUAGACAAAGACCACUGUGUCAUUUUUUAAAUGGACGAUAAGUAAAAUCUAAGUAAAAUGUUCGAUAAGCUUUUUUAUACAGCAGUUGAACUGUCAAAUUAAUUGUAAUUUUUUAUUUUUUAUUUUUCACAGUUUCAAUUGUUACAUUGUAUUAUAAUUUGUUUUUCAAUUAUUAACUAUAAUUUACGUCAAAUGGGUCGAUGAGUAUUAUUGUACAAAUUGAUUUUGAAACUUUUUUUUUUUAUAUAAAUUAUUUUUUCAAAACGAAAUUCACAUUAAAAAAAAUAAUUUUCAAGUAUUAUUUUAGUAAUAUUUUAUACAUAUGUUUUAUGUAUUAUUAUUUUUUUUUAUUUAUUUUAAAAAUAAACUUUUUCUACUUAUAUAUAAACAUAUAUUUCGUCAGCAACUAAUUGUAUACAAAAUUUUUUACAUACAUUUAUAACAAAAUAAAAAAUGAAAAAAAAAACAAAAACCAUAAUGGAAUUAAAAUGAUCAAACAAAAGUUAUUUAUAAUAAAUCUAUGAAAAUAAAUAAAUCAACGAGCGCACAACGAAAUUGGAGUGUGUGUACUCUCCGAUGACUGAUAAAAAAAAAUAAUAAAGACUUUUUUUUUUUAGUUUUUCUAGCAAUUAAAUAAUAAAUGAAUUAUCCACUCGUUGGAUAAACUUGUACAUUUAAUAAUAAUAAUAAUAAUAAUUGUAAUAACGAUAAUUAAGAUUGAGAUAGAAAGUAAAUAUUUUACCACAAAAUUAUAGUAUAACAUAGCUUGUACGAUAAAAUAUAUUAUCUUAAUACACCGAUUAUUAAUAGAAAAGACGAGAAAAAAAACAAAAACAAAAUAUUGAAGGCAUUUAAUAAUUAUUAUUUUAAGCUAUAUUUAUCUCAUUAUUCUAAUUACAUCCCUCAUUGUUUUCAUAAAUAUUGUAUAUAAAUUAAGACUUAUAAUAAAUUUAU